UCGCCCACGUCACAGCUUGGAAGCGCUCGGCCAUUGGCUGGGUGUCAAGAGCUCACGCGCUGAGGCAGAGUUUAUUUACAUUGUCGCCCCGCGCGCGGCCAAUCAACGUUCGAGGAUCGGGAGCAGCGCGUGCGGCGGCCCCCGGAUUGCGCACUUGUGCUGUGUGUCUCCUGUACAGGGCUCCGCCAUGUCGGCCGCUCAGCCCCCAGCAGAGAUAUCGCCUCCUUCACCCACCGGACCCACUCUCGGCGGCUCGUCGUUCCCUCUAGUGCUCAGGAAGCUGAUCGAGAACCCGCCCAGUAGCUUUCUGGAUAAAGGAGACACGGAAAAAGACAAAAAGAAAUUGGAUAAGAAUGAUGACUUUGAUGGAAACUCUCUGUUGGCUUCUGCUGCGCUUAUGCCACCCAUCUGGGAUAAAACCAUUCCUUAUGAUGGUGAAUCCUUUCAUUUGGAGUACAUGGACCUGGAUGAGUUCUUACUGGAGAAUGGGAUACCAUCCAGCCCAACACACCUGGCCCAGAGUAUCCAGAACUCCCUAAUAUCUGUAGCUGAACUGGAAAAUGAAGAAGAAUCCGCAUCCACGUCUUCUUCUUCACCUGUAUCACCCUCUGUGCUGUUGCAGCAGUCUGAAGAAAAAGAAACUGAAAUAAUGAAUGAGGAUGAUCCUCCAAGCCCAAUAGAUCCAGAUAAAGUGGAAGUGGAAGUAAACUUCAAUCCAGACCCAACAGACCUGGUUCUUUCCAGUGUCCCGGGAGGGGAGCUCUUUGACCCCAGGAAGCACCGUUUUGCUGAAGAGGAGCUUAAACCGCAGCCUAUGAUCAAGAAGGCAAAGAAAAUCUACGUACCAAAUGAAAUGAAGGAUGAAAAAUACUGGAACCGACGGAACAAGAACAAUGUGGCAGCCAAACGUUCCCGUGAUGCAAGACGACUGAAAGAGAAUCAAAUCACUGUCCGAGCAGCGUUUCUGGAAAAAGAGAAUACCGCGCUACGUAUGGAAGUAGCAGAACUGCGCAAGGAGUUGGGAAAAUGCAAGAACAUAAUAUCCAAAUACGAAAGCCAGUAUGGACAUGUUGACUUCUCAGAUUCAGAGUGACAGCUUUCAAUAUUUUUAUUUUUUUAUAAAAAAACAAAAACAAAAAAAAAACAUUUUCACAAUAAAGUAGCAAUUUUCUUGGACAUGGUAAUUGCGGAUAGAACAUUUGAACAGAUGAAUAUUUCUGCAGAUCCUGCCAAUCAUCAGAAAGCAACUUCGAUAUACACAAGAAGACUCACUUUUUGGAAAAUGCAUUGUUGGACAAAAAAAGGAAUAUUUUAUAAAUUUCAUAUAGGGUUUGCUUAAUGUUUUUAUAGAUGUCAUCUCUCUUCCUUUAUCCCAUCUCUGCUUUGUAUUUAACAGUUAGUAACCAGAGUUUUUUUUAAAUAAAUACUUUGCUUUCAGUGAUGAAGUAGCUCUUGGCGAGAAUGUGUCAAAUUUGUACCCUACAGAAAUAUUAUUUUUAGAUGUGAUUUUCUUGAUAUCUUAUCAAAGCUAUUUAGAUAGUUUAGUUAUGUGUAUCAAAACUUUUAUUUUUUGUUUGUGUGGAAUGUGUUUGUAGAAAAAAUAAAAAAAUUUUUUGUAAAUUUUUAAUUGUUGUUGCUCAUAUAAGCACCACUGCAUCAAAAUAGAUCUCAGGGAUAUUUCAUUUCAUGUUAAUUUUAUGGAGUUUGAUACAAAUGAUUUUUGAGAAUGUGAUCAUUUAUUUACUUCCCUGCCCUUCCUGUGAGCAUCAUGGAAGUGAAAUUGCUUAUCUGUAGUGUGUUGAGCUCACAUGAGUUGACAAGUAUCCUCUGUAAGAAAUGUUAAUGUAAUCGUAAAGUUUUUUCUAAGUAUCAACAAAUACAAUAAAUGUAUGCCAAGUCUUCAAAGUUCUUUUUGUUAAAAAUAAAUUGUAUGUACAAAUGAACCAUAUAAAAGUGUGCAUAAA